GACAGCAUAAGGAAACAGCACAGGCCCUGGGGAGGAUAAGGUACGAAAAUGGAAAGGAAGCUGUCCCGCUCUGCAAAGAAGCUUGCGUCGUCUCCUAUUCAAGAACUGUCAUACCUUGCUCAGAGAAGCAACGCCAUCAACCUCGCCGAGGGCUUUCCCGACUUCCCCGCUCCUUCCCAUAUAAAAAAUGCUGCCAUUUCCGCCAUUGUUUCUGACUUCAACCAGUACAGACAUGUGCAAGGAAUAUGUGAUCACCUUGCAAAGAUAGUCAAGGAAAUGCAUGGUUUAGACAUCAACCCUCUUACUGACGUGGCUAUUUGUUGUGGUCAAACUGAAGCGUUCGCUGCAGCAAUUUUUGCAAUAAUUGACCCGGGUGAUGAGGUCAUUGUGUUCGACCCUUCUUAUGAAACUUAUGAAGCUGGCAUUCUUUUAGCUGGGGGAGUCCCGGUACACGUGCCACUUGACCCGCCUCAAUGGACCAUGGAUCCAACCAAAUUCCUGAACUCAUUUACUGAAAGAACGAAAGCCAUCGUGUUGAACAGCCCUCACAAUCCAACUGGCAAAGUUUUCACAAGAGGCGAGCUAGAGGCUAUUGCUGGAGCAUGCUGCAGCCGAAAUUGUUUGGCUGUAACAGAUGAAGUAUAUGAGCAUAUAACAUAUGACAACGCAAAGCACAUUUCCCUUGCCUCAUUUUCAGGGAUGCAAGAACGGACUGUUAUAACCUCUUCUUUAUCUAAAACUUAUAGUGUCACAGGUUGGAGGGUUGGAUGGGCUAUUGCCCCGGCAUUCAUUGCAUCUGCAAUCAGAAAUAUUCAUAUCAGAACCACGGAUUCUGCUCCUGCACCUUUCCAGGAAGCCGCUCUGACUGCUUUGAGUAGCCGCCCUGAGUACUUUGAGUCAAUGAGAAAAGAUUAUGAAUCAAAACGAGAUUAUAUCAUUAAUUUGCUUGCUAGAGUUGGUUUAAAGAUACAGUUUAAGCCUCAAGGUGCUUUCUUUUUAUUUGCUGAGCUUCCUGACGAUUACCCCCAUUCUGAUGUAGAAUUUGUUAAGAAACUAAUAGUAGAAGCAGGGGUGGUGGCUGUACCAGGACAAGGAUUUUUUCAUCCCAACUCAGAAGCUUCUAACCAAGAUCGUAAUUACCAGAAGAGAUACAUCAGGUUUGCUUUUUGUAAGAACAGUGCCACUUUAUCUGCUGUUGCAGAAAGAUUUGGUAAGAUUUUAGAUGCUGGGGGACUUAGUGUACUUCAUUGAAUUGGUUGAAGAGAUAUUUGAUGAUAGGGUGGCACAAGUUAGAUGGAGGACAUGAGUGUGUAACUAUAACUUAUGACUGAUCAAGGUUCCUCCUUCGAUGUAAGAUAAUAUUUACUAAAAGACCAUGUGCAGUAAACAAGUGUUUGUCGAGGGGUAAACCGGUCUCUGGAAUUUUUGUUUUA